CUGCAUUACAGAGUGUGUCACACUCCCCUCUCCUUCCUCUCACACGGCUGCAUGAACUCACUCUCCAGAGGACUCUUCUGACAAAUGGUGUAGAGAAAACUUUCUUAAUGUCCCACAGGCCUUCGCAAGGCUCGUAACCUCAUUCUCAAAGGUGCUUUAGGACAGAGAGGGACAGAUUGAUGAGGGGACCAACAUGAGGACGAAGUACCUUUUUUCAUCACUCACUUAGGUUCUCAGGACCUAACCAGGCUUGAUGUUUCUCUUACUGAAGGUACAACGACUCGGUUUGAUUUAGGCCUGCUUAUUCGAGACAUUUGGAGUGAUCACAUUUUGUCACUCACUCGUUGGAAUACACCAGUUUCUCAGGAGAAAGGGUUUGUGUAAAGCUUUCCUCCUGGAUUACUUGUGGAGAUUAGUGAUGGGGAAUGCGGCUGCAGGAAGCUUGGAGCCGGAGCCGGCUGAGGGCCGGGAGGCCAGGAACUCAGUCGGAGCAGCUUCUGGAAUGAGCAACCCCACUCCAACCUUGCAGAAGAAGCAGCCGGCUCCCCCCAAACUGCCAAUGCCCCCAGAGGAGGAGCUGGAAGAGCGCUUCAAUGUGGUGCUGAGCUACAUGAACUUGCCUCCAGAUAAACUGAAGCUGUUGAGUCAGUAUGACAAUGAAAAGAAGUGGGAGCUGGUCUGUGAUCAGGAGCGCUUCCAAGUGAAAAGUCCUCCCUCCACUUACCUGGCCAAGAUCAAGAGCUUCUACCAGGAUCAAGGAGGGGUGUCUCGCAGGCUGAAGAAACGGAUCCAAGAGGCCACACAGGUGCUUAAAGAUUUGGAGAUAUCACUUCGUACCAAUCACAUUGGAUGGGCCCAAGAGUUUCUCGAUGAGCAGAACAAAGGUUUGGAUGUCCUGGUGGAAUACCUGUCCCAUGCACAAAGUGACGUCUCGUUUGAUGUGGAGAGUGUUGAAAAUGGUGGCACGGUGUCAGACAAGGGAAAAUCAGCACAGAGAUCCAUGGAAGACUUGACCAAGAGCCCCGGCAGCUCUCAGUCACAUGGGAUGAGCAGAGCUGCUCGUGCACUGACUGUAAGAAUAAGCUCCACUCUGGGCAGCAGGAUGCAUAAGAAGUCCAAUUCCCACCAGAGAGAUGAUGUACAUGUGUGCAUAAUGUGCCUGAGAGCCAUCAUGAACUACCAGUCUGGGUUUAACCUCGUGAUGAGUCACCCUCGCUGUGUGAACGAGAUAACACUCAGUCUCAACAGCAGGAAUCCCAGGACCAAAGCCCUUGUGCUGGAGUUGCUGGCUGCAGUGUGUCUUGUCAGAGGAGGACAUGACAUCAUUCUCUCUGCUUUUGACAACUUCAGAGAGGUGAGCAGGGAAAAGAACCGCUUUGAAAAGCUGAUGGAGUACUUCAUCAACGAUGAAAGCAACAUUGACUUCCUGGUGGCUUGCAUGCAGUUCAUCAACAUUGUGGUCCACUCAGUGGAGAACAUGAACUUCCGUGUUUAUCUGCAGUACCAAUUCACUCACCUUUCAUUAGACAAGUAUCUAGAGCGUCUGAAGCAAACAGAGAGCGAGAAGCUGCAGGUCCAGAUCCAGGCGUACCUGGACAAUGUGUUAGAUGUAGGAGCCCUGCUGGAAGAUGCUGAGAACAGAGGAGGGAUGCUGGAGCAUGUGGAUGACCUGCAGGAACACAACACACAGCUGAGCACCCGCCUUGAGGAGAUUGAGAGUCGGACUACGGAGAGAAUAGCUGAACUUGAGACUCAGCUCAUGCAGGCCACCAAGGAGACUGAGCUGCUCAAAGAAAGCCUGCGAGAGUCCUGUUCCCAGGUCAGUACGUUGCAGCAGAGGGAACGGGAGCGAGAGCUGGACAGGGAGAGGGAGAAGGACAGGGAGCGUCUGAGCACCUCCACCCCUCAGAUGUCCUCAGAGCUGGAGCAGAAGAUCCAGGAGCUGCAGGACAAGGGGCUAAUCCGACUGGGUCGCAGUGCCUCUGGAGGUCUGGACAUCCAGGUUGUGCCUGUCACUGUGGUUGAAUACGUCCAAGCCCCAGCCCCAGCCUCAGCCGCCCAGCCCAGUACUCCAGCCCCUGUCUCUGAUUCUGGCUCUGCCCCUCUGGCACCUCCUCCACCUCCCCCUCCCCCUCCACCUCCUGGUGGUCCAGGGGGAGUUGCCUCUCCUGCUCCACCACCACCACCACCACCACCGCCACCUCCAUUUCCACCAGGUGGUGGUGGUGCUGUGCCUCCACCUCCUCCUCCACCUCCCUCUGCUUUCGGAGGAGGUCCACCACCACCUCCUCCCCCACCUGGUGCAGGAGCCCCGCCUCCACCUCCCCCGCCUGGUGGUGGACCCCCACCCCCUCCUGGAGCACCAAAUACUCAAUCUGGGCUUAAGAGCAAGAAGCCUAUUCAAACCAAGUUCAGGAUGCCAUUGCUGAACUGGCAGGCCUUAAAACCAAACCAGGUGUCAGGAACCAUCUUCAGUGAACUGGAUGAUGAGCAGGUCUUAGGGGAGUUAAAUAUGGAUAUAUUUGAGGAUCACUUCAAGACUAGGGCCCAGGGUAACACAAAAGACGUGUCCAAUAUGAAGAAGAAGGUAGUCCAGAAGGCCCCAAGCAAGACAUCCUUGAUUGACCCCAACAAAGCCAAAAAUCUGGCUAUCACUUUACGCAAGGGGGGAAUGAAUCCAUCUUCCAUCUGCACUGCCAUAGAGACGUAUGACCAGCAGUCUUUGUCCAUAGACUUCCUGGAACUACUCGAGCACUUCAUACCAUCAGAUUUUGAGUUGAAGCUGCUGCUAAACUAUGAGAAGGAUGGCCGCCCGAUGGAGGAGCUUGCUGACGAGGAUCAGUUUAUACUAAGAUUCGGAAAGAUUCCUCGUCUGAAACAGCGAAUAAACACUCUCACUUUCAUGGGCAACUUCCCGGACACUGUAAAACGCCUGCAGCCGCAACUAAACUCCAUCAUUGCUGCGUCCAUGUCAAUCAAGUCUUCAACAAAACUGAAGAAGAUCUUAGAGAUUGUUCUUGCUUUCGGCAACUAUAUGAACAGCAGUAAGAGGGGUGCAGUGUACGGUUUUCGGCUGCAGAGUCUGGACCUUCUGUUGGAGACCAAGUCCACUGACCGCUCGCAGACGCUGCUUCACUUCAUCACCGCCAUCAUCCAAGAAAAAUACUCAGACUUGGCCAACUUCCAUACUGAGCUGCACUUUGUAGACAAGGCGGCCCUUGUAUCGCUGGACGGCAUUCUGCAGGAUAUCCGCUCAUUAGAACGGGGAAUGGAAAUGACCAAAAAGGAAUUCCUGGUGCAGGAUGACAGCCCAGUGCUGAAGGAAUUCAUCAAAGUCAACAGCGAGCAACUGGAAUCUUUGAUCAAAGACAGCAAGACAGCACAGGAAGCAUACGGCUCUGUGGUGGAGUAUUUCGGAGAGAAUCCCAAAACCACGCAGCCUUCCAUGUUUUUCCCACAGUUUGGACGUUUCAUAAAGGCCUAUAAGACAGCACAGCAAGAGAUUGAGCAGAAAAAGAAAAUGGAGAGUGAGAGCAGUGAGGAGAAACAGACACCAUCUCCGAACAAAGCUGCGGUACCAAAGGGGCCUGCAAUGCCUAAGAUGCCGCAGAUGGACCUGAUAGCCGAGCUGAAGAAGAGGCAGGUGAAACCACAGGUACGCGAGGGGAAGGACGGCGCCCUGGAGGACAUCAUCACAGAUUUGAGGAACACACCGUACAGACGGACAGAUGGUCGACGGCCAGCACAGCGCCAGGACACUUGAGCCACUUCUUGUCCAAGGCUUUUUGCAAAUUUAACUGGAAUCACACUCAAGCAUACAAACAAAAGAACAAGCUUUAAAAUGUUCUUGUAUAUACAGUAUAUCAAAACAUUAUUAUAAUUACAUAACAUAAUUAGCCAUAUGGCAGUGUGUAUUUUUGCCAACAUUUUAGCAUGAAUGUGCUGUGUAAAUAGAAUUUUAAGUUGGAAAUAUUUGAUGUUUUUAAUGAACAGUCCAUAAAUUUGAUUCCAAAUCUUGUUUAAAACAAUCAAAUUGUUUCCGUGGCACCUAAUGACUUUGUACGCUCGACUUUUAUAAUGUUGUUGCCUGUUAAGUAAUAAAAAGAACAAUCAUGACUUUAAAAUAAAUCUGUCUUUUUAACCGA